GUUAUCACCCAGUCUCGGUUAGAGUUUGUGAAACGCUUGGCAGUUUUACAGCAUUUCAAACCAGAAGACUCUGAUUGUGCAAAUGCGGAAGGAAGCGACUCGUCUUGUGUCCGCCCUGCUGCGGGCGGGCAACAAUGGCGUGUCUACGUCGUGGGCUGUUGGUGGCACUCGCCUCAAGUCGGCGAUGCCCCAGCCUGAUGAGAAGAAGGACGAGGACCUGCAUGCCAAGGAGGGCAAGGUGCUGCACCCUCACCUUCUGAACGAGAACGUGGUGAAGACUCAGUAUGCCGUCCGUGGCGAGCUUUACCUGCGCGCUGAGCAGCUCCGCAAGGAGGGCAAGGAGAUCAUUUUCACAAACGUCGGAAACCCGCACGCGCUGGGUGCCAAGCCCCUGACCUUCACCCGUCAGGUGCUAGCCCUGUGCGCCGCGCCCUUCCUGCUGGAUCACCCCAAGGUGGAGGACAUGUUCCCCGCCGACGCCAUCGCGCGUGCCAAGAAGAUCCUAGCCUCCUUCAAGGGCGGUGUGGGCGCCUACACCGACUCGCGUGGCAACCCGCUGGUGCGCGAGGAGGUGGCCCGCUUCAUCGAGAAGCGUGACGGCGUUCCCUCGAACCCCGACCACAUCUUCCUGACGGACGGCGCCUCGGUGGCCGUGCGCUUGUGCCUGAACGCCAUGAUCCGCCACGACCGCGACUCCGUGCUGGUGCCCAUCCCGCAGUACCCGCUGUACAGCGCCUCCAUCCGCCUGUACGGCGGCACGCUGGUGGGCUACUUCCUGGAUGAGCGCCGCGGCUGGGGCCUGUCCGUGGAGGAGCUGCAGCGCGCGCUGCAGGAGGCGCGCGAGGAGGGCAAGCUGGUGCGCGGCCUGGUGUUUAUCAACCCCGGUAACCCCACCGGCCAGUGCUUGAGCAAGGAGAACCUGCAGGAGCUGAUCAAGUUUGCGUACCAGGAGAAGAUUGUGCUCAUGGCGGAUGAGGUGUACCAGGAGAACGUGUACCAGGAUGAGCGGCCGUUUGUGAGCGCCAAGAAGGUGAUGUGGGAGAUGGGCGAGCCCUACCGCAGCCACGUGGAGCUGCUGUCCUUCCACACCGUGUCCAAGGGCACUGCCGGCGAGUGCGGCCUGCGCGGCGGCUACGUGGAGAUGACUAACAUCCACCCCGGCGCCAUUGAGGAGGUGUACAAGUGCGCCUCCAUUAACCUGUCGCCCAACACCAUGGGCCAGAUCGCGCUGUCCGUGCUCGUCAACCCGCCCAAGCCCGGCGAUCCCUCUUACGACCAGUACACCAAGGAGAAGGCCUCGGAGCUGGUGUCGCUGCGCCGCCGCGCGCACAUGGUGACGGACGGCUUCAACGCGCUGGACGGCGUCACCUGCAACUUCACCGAGGGCGCCAUGUACAGCUUCCCCCAGAUUAAGCUGCCGGCCAAGGCGCUGGAGGCCGCCAAGGCCGCCGGAAAGGCGGGCGACGUGUUCUACUGCCUCAAACUUCUGGAGGCCACCGGCAUCUCCACCGUGCCCGGCAGCGGCUUCGGCCAGGAGGAGGGCACCUUCCACCUGCGCACCACCAUUCUGCCUCGCGAGGAGGUGAUGACGCACUUCGUGGAGAAGUUCGACAAGUUCCACAAGGACUUCAUGAAGCAGUAUUCGUAACAGCUUAGCAAUUCGAGAAGCAGCGUAGCUGCGGAAGGUGUGCGGAAACGUGGCGAGCCAGCAGCGGCGCAUGGGGUUUCUACCGCAAUUAAGCCAUGUGAAGUGGUAUGAGGCUACGGCGUGUUGCCACGGCAGGUCAUCCGGAUCACGGUUGCAUUGCUCCUUUUUUGCCGCUGUUGCGCUACUGCUCCUGCUGUAAUGCAGAACCCUAUGCCUCCCGCCUUGCUGACUGGCUGGGUGCAGCCACGCAGGGGCAUCCCUGGCUUAUGUCUGUCGUGCUGGGUUAGGAUGAGAGCUUUCCCAUGAGCGGCCUUUGUUGGUGUCGUGUUUUGUUGCGCAAUUGUUGCUGUAUCCUGGUGGAGAGCAGAGAGCGAGCUUAUCUGAGCGCUAGGGGUCCAUUCCCUGGCCCACUGCGCCGGUUUUCCAUGCAUGCGGCAAGGUGACAGAGGUUGGGCUUUUUGAAGCAGGCGUCUGGUCAGCAUGCAAAGGGGAACGCCGCUUCAACGUGCAUGUGUGUGAUUAUUCAAACCCGAACCUGCAGUUUUGGUUUGACAGUCCCAAGGACUCGCAACAAGAGAAGAACAAUAGCUGUGGAGGAGUUCCUUGUCACAUGCGCGUAGAUUGCAGUUUAAUGUGUGGAUGCGUAAGUUCUUUGGCUGACUCGCAAGUGUUGCGUUUUUGGGCUAGGCACGCCGAGGUAAGUAGGAGGAAAUGCACUUAUGCACCUGAGGUUGGGUAGCCGUGUUGCAGCCGGUUGUUUCACGCACCGGUCACCUCUCGUCAAGAGCGGGUUGUGGACUGUUGGCCUCACAGAGUUGGGUCGAGAGCUCGAAACCAACCGGCCGCCGAAUGGCGAUGGGGCAAGCACAGCAAUGCCCCCGCCAAUGUAACACCUGCUGUGUAC